AUCCAUUUCCAAAACUAACAUUUUUUCACUGAUACAUUCAUACAUAUCCCCAUUUCCUGAUACUCUUGUAUAAAUAAUAUCAAACCACCAUCGAAUGAAGAACUCACAGUAAUCACAAAUUAAACACACCAAAGAGAAUCUUUCAAACAAUAUGGAAACCGUCGUGGUGAUUGUUGGGGCUGGACCAGCCGGUUUGGCAACAUCGGUUUGUCUAAACCAACACUCAGUCCCAAACGUGAUUCUCGAGAAAGAAGACAUCUAUGCAUCGCUUUGGAAGAAACGAGCCUACGAUCGUCUCAAACUUCACUUAGCCAAAGAGUUUUGUGAGCUGCCUUUCAUGCCACACGGCCGCGAUGUUCCAACCUUUAUGCCCAAAGAUCUUUUCGUCAACUACCUUGACGCGUAUGUUGCCCGUUUCGACAUAAAGCCUAGGUACAACCGUACCGUGAAGCUCUCAACAUUCGAUGAGUCCAACAACAAGUGGAGGGUCGAGGCGGAAAACACGGUGACCGGAGAGACCGAGGUGUAUUGGUCGGAGUUUUUGGUGGUUGCGACCGGGGAGAACGGAGAUGGGAACAUUCCCAUGGUGAAUGGGAUUGAUACUUUCCCCGGCGAGAUUGUGCAUUCGAGUGGGUACAAGUCCGGUCGUGACUUCAACGGCAAAAAUGUUCUUGUGGUCGGUGGUGGAAACUCCGGUAUGGAGAUUAGUUUUGAUCUUUGCAACUUCGGAGCAAAUACGACCGUUCUCAUUAGAACUCCGAGACACGUGGUGACUAAAGAAGUGAUACACUUGGGGAUGUCAUUUCUGAAGUAUGUUCCGGUGACGAUGGUCGACACAAUGGUGACGACUAUAUCGAAUCUUGUGUACGGAGAUCUCUCCAAGUACGGACUCUUGCGACCAAAACAAGGUCCUUUCGCAACUAAACUCUUUACCGGAAAAGCUCCUGUUAUUGAUGUUGGAACUGUCCAAAAGAUCCGCGAAGGCGAGAUUAAGGUUAUCAAUGGUGGGAUUGGAAGCAUCAAAGGCAAGACCUUAACGUUCGAAAAUGGACAUGAACAAGAUUUUGAUGCAAUUGUGUUUGCGACUGGUUACAAAAGCUCGGUCUGCAGUUGGUUACAGGACUAUGAGUACGUGAUGAAGAAGGAUGGAUUCCCCAAAGCACCCAUGCCGAAGCAUUGGAAAGGAGAGAAGAAUCUUUACUGUGCUGGAUUUUCAAGAAAAGGAAUUGCCGGAGCCGCCGAGGAUGCUGUGUCUGUCGCCGACGACAUCAGCUCGGUCUUGGCUGCCAUCAAAAACUGAAGCUGUAUUGGAUAACAUGCAAAAUAGUAAGACUUGAUAAGAAAAAGAAAAAAAGGAAACAAAAGUAAGAAGCAUAAUGUAUUGUUGUUGUUGAUUUGGUCUAAGUCUCUAGAGUGCAUGUAUAAAUUCAUAAGAUGAUAAAUCUGCCGUUUUUUUUU